UCAUUUACAUCAAUCAUGAGAAAAUUGCUCUCAUUUGUCAAUCAGUGAUGACACAUGAAGGUGAAGUUUGCAAAACGUCAUUCAGUUUACAUAAAGUUUCAGUUCAGAACAAUAGGUGCCUAAAAAAAAAAACGUAUUGCCAUCAAGACACCUGUUGAUAUUAGCUUAUCAAAAUAAAUAAAAGGAAAAUUAUUUUUUCAUAUGCAAUUAUAGUAAAAAAAUAUGUUUACGAUUUUAAGAAUAGUUUUUUUAAUUGCCGUUGCUAAUUCAUUAGUAAGAAUCAAUAUUUGGCACGAUAACUUGAAACAAAUGUGUUUAUCACAAGGAGGAAAUUUAUAUCAGGAAUUAAUUGAUAAUCAAAAAAAUUUAUCUCAACAUUUAUCUAGUUUUCAUUCAACAAAUAUUGAAUUUUCAAUUGGAAUGGAAGCAUGCCAAAAUGAUACAAAUUCAAAAUUAAAGCUAAAUAAUUUUUUUGAUAAAUUACAAUUAUGCAUGGAUGAAGAAAAUCGUCUACAUGAAGAUCAAAAACAAAUAUUUGUGACAAAACUUUUGGAAGUACUUUGUCAUCUUUUUCUGUUGGGUGGAGGAAAAAUUGAUGACCAGUGUUCAAUUAUAACAGAAAUUAAUUUUUCACUAUGUCGUCAAGCAUUCCAGGAAUUUCCAACAAUUCUUUUGCCUCUAAUUUACAGUACAGAAGAAUGCAGAGAAGCUCGAAAAUUGUUAAAUUGUUUCGAAACUGGAAUUCGAAUGUGUAAUGAAUCAACAAGAGAAGAAUUUGAAUCUGCGAAUAAUAUUACAUAUUAUACACUAUAUGAUUGUCAAAAUAUUGAAAUUAUUGAAGAAUUUCCAAUUACAUUCAAUAAUGAUGGAAAUAUUUCCAUUACAACUGAAUCAGAAACAAUAACAACAAACAAGGAAAUUAAUGACACUGAUAUUCAACAAAUAGAUGAUAUAAAAUUAAUUAUUCAAAAUCAACCAAUGAUGCGAUUUAAUUUUACAAAAACUGAAUUACGUGAAAAAUGCAAUGAAAAAGGAAAUGAUUCAUUAAAAAGUGUAUUAGAUUUAUAUACAGAUUAUUUAACAAUUCAUGCGGAUAAACAAUAUUUAAUUCGAAAUCUCAAAGAGAAAGAUAAAUUAUUAUCAAUGAUUGAAGAAAAUUGUUAUAAAGCUGAAGAUAUUAGAAAUAAUUUCAACAAUAUGUUGAAUUCUAUUGAAGAAUGUUUAGAUGAAGAUGAUCGAUUGGAGGAUGAGAAUAAAGAAAUAUUAUUAAAUAAAAGCAUUGAAAAAUUUUGUUCUGAUUUGGAAAAUCUGGGAAGCCUUUCGCCAAACGACAACGAAUGCUUUCAUGAUUCCACAACAUUUUAUCAAUUGGCAUCAUGUGGUAGAAACAUUUCCAUUGAGCAAUAUUAUUUUGACAAUCUUCCCUUAUUAUCUAUUUCAUCGCCAGAGGAAUGCAAUAGUCUUCAUAGAAUGCAAAAAUGUAAAUUAAGAGUUCAUGAUAUUUGUAAGAAUUCAACAAAAAGUUGGCUUCAAGAACAAUUCAAUGAGGAAAGAAGAUAUGCUGGAUGUGAAGAAGAUGUUCAUGAAAUUACAUUUGAUGACUAAUGUAUUAAUUGAAAUUUAAUAAAACAAAAUUAUUCCGGUUAA